CUUUGCAGUCUAGGCAGAGGAGACACGAACCCCUGGGGUGGGCAAGUCGCCUGGGCUGGGGAUGCCUGGGCAGAUGUGGAGGCAGCUGGAAAGGUGGCACCACAGUUGGUUCGCUGGAGCUUUGCUGUUCCUAGGAGACGGAGGAGCAGCGAGCCUGCGGGGGAGGGGAAGCAAGUGGGCUGCUGCUUUUAGCAGCUGAAAGGACUGCAGGGAGCUCUGGGUAAGACAUUUUCUGCUGCUGCUGCUGCUGCUGCUGCGGUAGAAGCUGCCGCUAGUAAGCCGGAGGAAGUUGGAUCGAGAGGGAGGAGGCUUCAUUUGCAGCCAUGCUGAAUCACUGCUGCUGAUCAGAUCUCCUGCUGGUUGGCUCCGAGAACUGAGAACAGCGCUAGGAUCUCUGGGUGCAUGCACAAUUCAGCAGCUGCCACCCCCGCUGGGCCUCGCACAAUGGAGGCUGAAAGCGCCAAGCUGAGCUCCCAGCCCCCGAUACAGGCUGGGGCUGAUGAGAAGAGCCAGAGGACUAUCACUGUCAACCCUGCCCACAUGGGGAAGGCGUUCAAGGUUAUGAAUGAACUGCGGAGUAAGCAGCUGUUGUGUGACGUGAUGAUUGUGGCAGAAGAUGUUGAGAUAGAAGCCCACCGUGUGGUCCUGGCAGCCUGCAGCCCCUACUUCUGUGCAAUGUUCACAGGUGACAUGUCUGAGAGUAAAGCCAAGAAGAUUGAAAUCAAGGACGUGGACGGCCGGACACUGAGUAAGCUGAUUGACUAUAUCUACACGGCCGAAAUUGAGGUGACCGAGGAGAACGUUCAGGUGCUGCUCCCAGCAGCCAGCUUGCUGCAGCUCAUGGACGUUCGGCAGAACUGCUGUGACUUCCUUCAGUCUCAGUUGCAUCCCACCAAUUGCCUGGGCAUCCGUGCGUUUGCAGAUGUGCACACCUGCACCGACCUUCUGCAGCAGGCCAAUGCUUAUGCAGAGCAGCAUUUUCCUGAGGUGAUGCUGGGGGAAGAAUUUCUUAGCCUAAGUCUGGACCAGGUGUGCAACUUGAUAUCCAGUGACAAGCUGACUGUUUCGUCAGAAGAGAAGGUAUUUGAAGCUGUGAUUUCGUGGAUCAAUUACGAGAAGGAAACCCGUUUAGAGUACAUGGCAAAGCUGAUGGAACAUGUCCGUCUCCCUCUCCUACCUAGGGAUUACCUAGUCCAGACAGUUGAAGAAGAAGCUUUGAUAAAGAAUAAUAAUACCUGUAAGGAUUUCCUCAUUGAAGCCAUGAAAUAUCACCUGCUCCCUCUCGACCAGAGACUCCUGAUUAAGAACCCCAGGACCAAGCCUAGGACUCCCGUCAGUUUACCCAAGGUCAUGAUUGUGGUCGGUGGCCAGGCACCCAAGGCGAUCCGCAGUGUGGAGUGCUAUGAUUUCGAGGAGGACCGAUGGGACCAGAUUGCUGAGCUGCCCUCCAGGAGGUGCAGAGCAGGUGUGGUGUUCAUGGCCGGCCACGUGUAUGCCGUGGGCGGCUUCAACGGCUCGCUGCGCGUGCGGACGGUGGACGUGUACGACGGGGUGAAGGACCAGUGGACGUCCAUUGCCAGCAUGCAGGAGCGCCGCAGCACGCUGGGCGCGGCCGUGCUCAACGACCUGCUCUACGCCGUCGGGGGCUUUGACGGCAGCACUGGCCUAGCAUCGGUGGAAGCCUACAGCUACAAGACCAACGAGUGGUUCUUCGUGGCCCCGAUGAACACACGGCGGAGCAGUGUGGGUGUAGGUGUCGUGGAGGGAAAGCUCUAUGCUGUUGGGGGUUACGAUGGGGCCUCCCGCCAGUGUCUGAGCACCGUGGAGCAGUACAACCCGGCGACCAACGAGUGGACAUACGUGGCGGACAUGAGCACCCGCCGCAGUGGCGCAGGGGUUGGGGUCCUCAGUGGACAGCUGUACGCCACAGGCGGGCACGACGGGCCCUUGGUGAGGAAGAGCGUCGAGGUUUAUGAUCCUGGAACAAACACCUGGAGGCAGGUGGCAGACAUGAACAUGUGCCGGCGCAAUGCAGGGGUCUGUGCGGUGAAUGGACUCCUGUACGUGGUCGGAGGGGAUGACGGGUCCUGCAACUUGGCCUCGGUGGAGUACUACAACCCCGCCACUGACAAAUGGACGCUGCUGCCAACCAACAUGAGCACGGGGCGGAGCUACGCAGGUGUUGCUGUGAUUCACAAGCCCUUGUGACCCCCAGCUCCCACUGCCAGGACGUGAGGGAAGGAAGGGGUGCUGCCCGGGACUCAGAACAGAGGGAUCAUGAUGCUGGAUCCCACUCGCUGGGAGAGUCUGCAGUGGAGCGAGAACCGCCCUCCUCCGACUUGCAGCGUAGAGUCCGGAGUGAAGCCUGGGGACCCACCUCCUGCACCUCUGAGGGGUUUUGGCCUCUGUCCGGAGCAGUGGGUUCCUGAUAGCUUCGGGUGGCACCUUUGGGCUUUUUUGUGUUUCUACAGGGACAGUGUUUGCAUGAGAACGUGUGUUUGUGUGUGUGUGUGUGAGAAAGAGAGAGAGCUGUGUAUAUGUGUGUUUAGAACAUGGUGUCUCACUAAGUUGAGGGCAGGUUGUGACAUUCUACUGGAUUCCUGUACUACUGAUCCUUCCGCUACGCUAAAAAUCAAAUCACAGAAACCUCUCUCCUGGAUUUGCCGUGGGCACCCUGAGACUACUGCCGCAGUUGCCUGCUGGAGGUCCAGUUGGACAGGGACGUCCAGAAGGGACCAGCGAGAGAAGCAGCGCUCUGACCAUGCGCACACGCGGCCUUGACCACUGGCACUGUUGGCAGAAGAGCCGCGAGUUCUCAAAGCUGCACUGCGUCCCCUGUGUGCUAGAGCUGGGGACAAGCGGGUGCCCUGGCCCCCAGCCGGGUGCUCUUUCUUGGUCUCUCCUACGGGAAGCACACGAGAACUGCUCAGUCUUCGGACCACUGGGGGAUCCUGUGUCUGUUCAGCUGGGAAAACUAGCUCUUCAGAAAAGCCCUGAGCAACACACUAGGAAAGAAAUGUACAUCAAACACCAACACAAAAACCAAAACCAAAGUGGAAAGGCUUCAGACCCUGCCCGUAAUGGUCUUGGAGAGAAUCCUACAUCUGGAUUUUUUCCAGGAUAUGAAAGUCCCUGUUAUAUUUAUUAUCCAGGAGUAAUUAUUCACAACAUCCCAUUUACCCUUGAAAAUGUUCUGAUUUGGAGGCUAAGUAAAAGGUCACCCUACCUCUAAAUGCAGAUAGGUUUGUUCCUGCAUUGGAUGGGGUCACAUGUGACUCAGAUGGGCACGGAUGAAAGGAGUGUACCAGCUGGGGCUGCUCCUCGGUACUUGGUGGUGGAGGUCAAGUCUGUCCAAGCCCUUGUCUCCCUUUCCUUGUGCUCUCCCCCUGUUCCAGGGCCUGUACCUUCUCCCCAACCCUCGGAACACUCCCCUCCUCCUCGCUUUCCCUGUGGGGGAGGAGAUGGUGGUAGGCCCUGGAUGUGUGAUCUCUCUUAGGGGUACUUGCAUUUUAAGGGAGGAGCUAGUGAGAAUUUUGCUAAUCCGGAGGGAGGAGGGUAUUUGAAGGAGCACAGAGCCAUUUGCAUUAAAAAGAACCCUAAAGCCCUGCUGUUCCUAAACUAGCAAGUUGCAUCUGUUGGACUUUUUGACAUAAGGAGGGGAGGUCUUGUGUCUGGAGAACAGUCUCACGCCUUGGGGCCUGGGGUUUAACCUUCCAUGAUGUCAGGGUCCACCUAAGGAGUCAAGGGGCUCUGUGAACCCUGACCUUGGACUCCUGAGACACCUGGACCCCUUCCAAGCAGAUGCCAUAGGAGACUGGUGUUUCCCCACCUCACCCCACCGUUAGAGACCCAGGCUCUUCCCCAGCUAGCUGGCCACUAUGUGUACUUACACUAUAUUUAUUGUGCAGUAGACACUGAACUCUCUUGAAGAUGAAACUUCUGAUGUUGAGCAUAUGUUAUUCAGUGAAACAGUAGGAGAGAACCAAGGCACCCAGAAUUUUUAGUAGCCUUGGGAAGAGGCCAGCAUAUCCAGCUCUGGUGGAUGCGGAGAAAUGUCUGCAAGGGGACCAAAGCACGCUUUAGCUGGGUGCUCUGCUCUCGCCUGGCCCUGGAGGCGACUGUGGUUUCAGAGCUCUGAAUGGCUCUGGGUUGGAAACUGAUGGAAUGAACUUUUUGUUUGGGACUUAGUUUUGGGGGGGGCGGGUGUGCCCACACGUGUGUGUGUGUGUGUGUGUGUGUGUGUGUGGUGGAGAUGAGGGUGAGUUUGGGGUCUGAUGGGUGCUGGUCCCACAGCUUCUGAUUUCAGGUAAAAGGUGAAUUCCCCACCCCCUCCCCCUCCAAGUAGGAGCUCGACUUUCACUCUUGUGUGGGAGAGGCUAUUGCUUGUGUGUCAUCUUCCUAGAAGAGUCCCUUCCCUGAAAGCUAGCCAGUCCUGUUUUCUACUUUUGGAUGUUUGCUAUUGGUUCCACCUCAUGUCUCCCUUCCAAGAAGCACUGCCCCUACUGGUGGUGCCGCUGAGGCCAUGUUCAUUAUAUCCUGUGUCCUUUCUCUUGGGGAUUAGAACACUGGUAUGUCAUCACCAAACAGCCCAACUGCUCUAACUGCCCACAGAUGCCAUAACAAACUGGAUGUCUCUCUGUCACCAGGUACUGUUCUCUCUCCACGGUGGACACAGCAGACUUAUUUUCAAGUCCGUGCUGGUCACGUGGUAGAUAAACCCCCAACCCCCAUUCAGGUGGCCACAGCUACUUGUGAAUGCGGCUUUGCCAGUGGCGUGUCUGAAAUCUGAUCAGUAAUGAAAUGGAAUUGGGGCCCAAGGUCAGAAGCAGCUUAGACGCUACUUGGAUGCUGAUUUGGACUACAGAAAAGUCCGACUCUGAAUCCCAAAGUUAUCCCUUAUGAGUACCCAAUGGCAUCUCUCCAUCUAAAAGCUGCAGUAUUAUGCAAAGGAAAGUGACCUCAUUUUCUGCUAUGCAAUAAGAAUACUUAAUUUUAUUUCGUGACAGACCAGUUGCAACAUCCCCUAAGAUGCUUUUUGAGCUGUCUUACUUUUGAUAUCUGUUGUGUAAUGUUUGUAUAUUCCUGAGCCAGAUCCUUUCAAAGACUGCCUUUUUAUAAAAUUGAAGCUGCAGCUUUCAGGCUAAAAUUUUAAUGUGGAUAUUUUUAUAAGAUAACUUUUCAGGAUAUCUGAACUGCUUUUUAUUGUCCAUGAUAAUGAAAUGUUAUGUUCUAUGUGUCAUUCGCUCUUAAACAUAGUCCAUGCCUGUAGCUGUCUACCCUUCGUUUCUCAUGCUCCCCAAACUGAUUUUCAGUAGCUCCAGGUAGAGAACACAGUCACUGGUGUUUCUUGAAACCCUUAGGGACUAACAUUAAGCCAGACUCAGCACUUGCCCAUCUGUGUCUGCUCUUUGGGAGCCUGCUUUCUGCGGCGGUGAGGCUGUUGGCCUACCUCCUGGCGGCCCUCCCUGCCUGGCACUGAGCCUGGCCCGCUGUGGCGUGGAGAAGCCCCAGAAGCAGGCCUGCCCCCGGCAGUGCUCCCGGGAGCGCCCUCGGUCCAGUACACCGGUCCCCGUUCUCUUCUGUCUCCAUGUUCUUCCGAAUCCUCCACAGUUAAUGCCUUUGCUGCCGGGUGACGUCCCUUUUGGAAGCCUCUUGCCUGUGAACUUCAAGGAGGGUCACUCUCAUGAUCCCCGUUAGGAAUGUGUAAGCAUGUGCUUCACAGCUGCUCACACCACACUUACAGAACUACUUGUUUUUGAACUGUGUCUGCACUCCAGGCUCUCUUUUGUGUAUUUAUCUGCCAUUAGCCUCAUUAAAAAAACCAAAACUUAUUUUUAUUAUUAUUGGGACAGGUGCCAUUUGAAUUGCCUCCACGCUCCCCAUUUGCACCUUGUUGGAUCAAGUCGGGAGGUUGAACGAACUCAUACUCCAGCUCACUGGAGUUUUUAAGUGUUUGCCGGAGAAGCAGGGAGGUUGGAAUGUAUUUUUUUAAGUGUUUGCACUAUUCAGAGUCCUGAGCCCCUCAAGUUCAGCUGUGCUGUGUGCCUACCGGCCCAGCAGGGAGCUGGCAGCACUUCCAGCAUUCGGGAGUGGAGAGGCGGCGGGUCGUCACGCCCGCGGGCCCGUGCGGCCUCUGUCACGGGCUCAGCGACCCGGGGAUUACCGCGGCAAGGAUGCAGGGGCCUGUGGCGUUUGCAGAAACAAAGUGCUCUAGUGCUAUGUUCUUGCCUUUGGUUAUGAAAUUUCAAGUGAUCUUCCCCCCUUCUCAGUGGCAAUAAAGGACCCUCGUUCUUGUUGUUUAAUUUGUGUAUGACGUGUACAAUACUUUCUUUGAAAGAAAACUCGAGACACCGAGUGUGUGCGCGAGCGGGCGCGCUGUCUGCCCUUGCCCGGCGGCAGGCAGGCUUGGCCACUGGCGCCCGCACAACACAUGGCCCAGGUGAGGCCCUCGAGCUGUGUUUCCUGCCUGGACACUAGGGACUGUGUGUCUUGUAAAAGAACACCUGUCACGUGCUCGUUCGGUGACGGUGCUCCCCGAAGAAACAGAUCCUCGAGUGUACUAUUUUAACAGGAAUCGUGUUCCAGUUUCCCAUACUUUGUUAUUUUAAUUUUAAUAAAAACCAAACUGUGAGAACCUUUCUCAGCGUCUCAUUUCUGUAGUCCAGCCUCUCCACUGCGUCUCAGACCUGAAAGGGACAGACUUACUCCUCACACUUUGUGCCUCAUUCAGGUUUAAAGUUUUCCUCCUUAAGAUCUCCUGGCUAGGGCCUGGGCUCCUUUGUCCUCUGUUCUCUGACCCGAGAACAGUGCCAGACCCACAGAGACCUUCCUGAAGGAGGCCCAGCGAGGCCAGCCCCUGCAGGAGGUGUUCGGGCGUGUGGGCAGCUGCUUGCUCGUCACUGCGACGGGCGUGCUGGUCUCAGGCGCAGGGAGGAGACAGACAUUCAGCUAUAAAUAGACAUUGACUUUUUUAAAG